UUUAAAUUUCGCGAUGUUAAGCGCUUUAAAGAAUUCCAGGCCGAAGGAUCAAGAGGUUUAUGCCAAUGUGAUUGACGGGCUUGGCAAAUUGUACUUUAAAAAACUUCUUCCACUUGAAACUUUGUACAAAUUCCAUGAUUUCCACUCGCCUCCACUUGAAAAAAGCGACUUCGAGUCGAAGCCAAUGGUUUUGCUUAUUGGUCAGUAUUCCACUGGAAAAACAACUUUUAUACGUUACCUAAUUGGUGAGGAUUUCCCUGGCAUCCGAAUAGGUCCCGAACCAACUACAGAUAGUUUCAUAGCUGUCAUGAACGAUGCAAGAAGCGGGAUUAUUCCUGGGAAUGCUCUCGUAAUGGAUUAUUCAAAGCAAUUUCGACCUCUUUCUAAAUUUGGAAAUGGUUUUUUAAAUCGUUUUCAGUGUGCACACAUGCCAAAUGGUGUUUUGGAUGGAAUAACGUUUAUUGAUACACCCGGUAUUUUGAGUGGCGAGAAGCAACGUGUCGAUCGUGGUUACGACUUCUCAGGUGUUAUUGAGUGGUUCGCAGAGCGCGCAGAUAGAAUCAUCUUGCUUUUUGACGCUCAUAAACUGGAUAUAUCGGACGAAUUCCGGCGGGUUAUCGAAGUUUUAAAGUCGAACGAAGACAAAAUACGUAUUGUUUUAAAUAAGGCAGAUACAAUUGAUUCUCAACAACUUAUGAGAGUGUAUGGUGCUUUAAUGUGGAGUUUAGGAAAAAUAUUAAAUACACCUGAAGUAGCACGUGUAUAUAUUGGUAGUUUUUGGGACCGCCAGUUAGUAUUUGAUACCAACAGAAAGUUGUUUGAAUUAGAGAAAAUGGAUUUGUUUCGUGAUUUGGCUACUCUACCUGCAAAUGGUACUCUGAGAAAAUUAAAUGAUUUCAUUAGACGUGCUCGUCUUGCCAAAGUUCAUGCUUAUGUUAUUUCGCAUUUGAAAAAAGAAAUGCCAACAAUCGUUGGUAAAGAUGCUAAGAAAAAGGAGCUUAUCAAUAAUUUAUCCAAAGUAUACGACACCAUAUCACGUACACAACAUAUAUCAAUUGGUGAUUUCCCUAACAUUAACAGAAUGCAAGAAUCCUUAGAAGUACAUGAUUUUAGAACAUUUCCUGCACUACAACCAAAACUAAUCAAAGCUGUCGAUGAAAUGUUAUCGAGUGAAGUAGCAAAACUAGUACAAAUGAUUCCAAUGAAAAUAUAAUAGCGAUUCAAAUGAAAAAAUCUACGUUUCCGCCUAGUUGAAAUGACGAUGAAUUCAUAACACACAGACGAAACUUGUCAGAAAUGUGUAUUUAUUUGAUUUUUCCAUAAUGAAGUGAGAUCGACAUGAUCUACAGGAUGAUGUUAUUAUUGGUUACAAACUAAAGAAAGAGGAUAUAGAAUAAUGUGUUUACUGCAGUAAGUGUCAUCAAACUGAAGAAAAUGCAGAAUGAAUACAUUCUCUGCAUUACAAACAUUUUUACGUUAUAUAAUCUAUUCUCCGAUAAUGGAUCAUAAUUAUCUUACGUGCCCAACUAGGAAAUUUGCACAUCCCUACACAAUUCAGACUAACUGUUAAUGACUUCGCAAAGUGAUGCUAUAUCUUCAUAUCAUCAGGGUUUUAACCUAUUUCUAGUCUACUCCUAUUCUAGUCAAUACGAAUAGUGUUGAGUGGUAGCUGGUUAUACAUAAUAAACAACUUGGUCACCUAGAUGGUAGAAGGUUUACAACUGCAUCAACUGACUCAUCGUCUUAAAUUUGUGCUUUAUGUCUUGGUAGAUUUCAUUACACGCAAAGAUUACCUCGAAAAUGUUUUUCGCAAGAUACUAAUAACCUAUUCAGAUAUUUUGCUCUACAUGACUGUUAUUUACUGACUUGGAGUGAUACAAAGUGAAAUAUCUCACAAUAUACUCAUGAUGUGUUUGACGGCAUCGGUAAUGCAAAAUUUUGAUAAUUUUCAAAAUGUAAACUAAGGUUCAUCAUAUAAUAUCAAUACUUUUGCUUAUUCAAAACAACUAGAUAUUUAUCUCAGCUUAUUCAGUGUAGCUUUGAUUAAGAUAAAUUUCAUGUAGGGAACUUCUUAAGUCGAUCCUCUUCAAACCCACUCCCGUUUAAUAUUUCUCUUUAGUUUGUUUCGACAUUUCUCAUUACUUUUCUUUUUUUAUGUUAUUGAGAGCAGUGUUAAUUAUAGUUUAUAUACUAUAGAGUGCGAAGUUCUAUUCCACUCAGUUCAUUCAUCAAUUAACAACCUGUCUUUACACGGUCAUUACCAAUGAUAAAUUGUUAAUUAUCCAGUAAAUAUGCACAUAAUUAAUUGUAACUGAUUGUUAUUAUUAUUUCUAUCAAUUGAUCAUUUCAAUCCAUUGAUUUAGAUACAAAUUGUUGAACACAGAUAUCAACAUACAUAAACAUGUCUGAUGUUUGUUUGUUUUUGAUAUUUUUAACAUUUAAAAGGUUGAAUUACUAUUAUUAAAAUAGUGAUUCAGAGUCAAACAUAUGUAGCAUAUUUUUUUCGACAUUGAAUACUAAUACAUAUGUCCGAUAUUGAUUGUUUACAAUAUCAGCAAUACUAUACCACUGAUUUCACUUCAUAAUAUAAAUUCAAAGAACUAUGGACAUCUACUUCGCUCUAGAUUGAUAUUUCAUAAUUCCCAGUCAUUUCUAUGAGUGCAAAAUUAUCCAGUCAUUUGGGUCAGAAUUUCAUGAUCCAUGUUUCUCAACUUCAGUCAUCCCAUGAUUUGACAUCAUUACUGUCUUGAUUGUGAUGUGUUCGACCUGUAUCAUAAAGUCUGGUCGAUUGGCAUCGAUUUCUAGUCUGAAUUUCCACCCCACAAGUUACAUUGCAAUACUAGAUCUAGGAAAUUUUCCCAUAUUAAAAGGAAUCCCUAUUGAUCAAUGAAUUAUCAUUCAAAUAAUUAGAUACAGAUGGUAACCCUAAAAAUUAUUAGAAAUACUUCUCUAAUAGUUUAUGCCUUUAGUUUGGCAAACAGGUGUAGGUCAACACAUUUUUUAAUAAUUUUCCUCCUAAGAAAUCAAUAAUUACAUACCAAACUAGUAAUUUGUUUUGGCUUCCGUUUUAUGGAAUUAUAAUAAAAAUUUUGUUCCCGUUACACUGACUAUCAUGUUGUUUUUCAAUUGUUUUUAUAUUUAAUGAUGACAGUCCUUUGAACUUUCUUUGGUCAAAAAAUACUAUUUUUAUGCCUGUUACAGAGUAAACAGUUUUAUUGAAUAAAUUUAAAUUGACGUUCUUCCUAUGUAACGGUUUGUUUUUUAAUAGGAACGUGAUGCAAUCGUAGAAACACAUGGUCCAGCUGUUACAGGUGGUGCAUUCGAUACAUCUGGUACACCAUUCAGUUUUCAUGCUGGUGAAGGAUUUGAAGAGGGUCGCUUUGAAAAGGAUUGGAUUGUUGAUCGUUUUAGAGAACCAUGGGAUAAAGAGUUUGACAAACUAAAUCCUGUGGAUGGUAAAAUCAGUGGUGAAGCUUCACGUAGUCAUAUGGUCAAAUCCAAUUUACCUUAUAGUGCAUUGAAAAAUAUUUGGAUACUAGGUGAUAUUGAUCGUGAUGGUUGUCUAGAUGCUGAUGAAUUCGCUUUAGUCUGUUAUAUAAUGAAAUUAAAACUAGAAGGCUACGAAUUACCGCCUACACUUCCUGCCCAUUUAGUACCACCAUCUAAAAGAAAUUCUGAACAAGCACUUCGUAAUGGUUACCAUCAAGAAUAAUGCUCACGGCAAAAGUUUUUAUUUAUUGACUAAGAAGAACACACAAACCCCACGCCAAAACAGGGACAAAGAACUACUGUCAGUUUAUCUUGGGUUUUUUUGUCGCUGCCAUUAAUUAUAACAUUUGCUUCCCACUUUUUUUUCAGACGGAUAAUCUAGUCUAAAAAUUUUAUCACAUAAUAAUAAUCUUAUGUUUUGGAAAUUUUUCUUUGCAAUUUCAGCAUGCCAGUUAAUCUCUACAAACAUUUUUGGUAAUACCUUGUAUACCAUUAUUACUAACGAAAUAGUAUAUUUCAGUUCUGUAUAAAAAGAUAUAAGAAGGAGGUCAUGAUAAUUUUCUUACACUGGAUAGUUAUCAUACUCCUUUUGUUUUUCAUGUGCCUUUUCAAUUUGUUUGUUUGCUCUUGUUUGGAUAUUGUUUUGUUUUGGUUUUACAAAUCUCAUAUACAACAGAUCUCUAAUAGUCUUUUUAAGUUUUUCCAUCCUUAUUACUACUAAUGUUAUCCUUAUAUUAUAAUUGUUUAUGCUAGUUUGUUUUAUUUUUUUGAAGGAAAGAGGUAAAGGAAUAAAAUUGGCCAGAACAUUAAACAAUUUUUUGUUUGUUUGUAAAGUUUCAAAGUAAUACAUUAACAUAUGUAAGAAUAUAAAUGGUUAUAUAUUCACUAGGAUUAUUACAAAUACCUUUCGCUUUUAUUCUGUUCUAUGAAUAUUCAUUUAAUACAUGAAAUUUGUGAUAAAAAGUAUAAAAUCAUAUAUUGUUUCCGAUUAUAAAUGAUUGUUUACGCUAAUAAUAUCUGAUAUUGUUUGUUUUAUUCAC